UCCAAAGUAUACCAUUGUACAGCUGUGCCUUGCAAGCAAAGCAUUGUUUGAGACAUAUAUAUCCGUUGAGCCGUUCCGACUGUUUUGGCGGUAAGCCUCUCGAGAGAGUGCCUUUCAUCGUUCAUCGCAGUGCAAACGCAAACUCUGUCGUUGUCAAAAAAAAGAAUAAUGCCGUCGAAAAAAAAAGUGACCAAUACCUCUAACAAGCGCAAAUCUCCGGAUUCGCAAACCAACGUAGCCAUGCCUGUGAAAAAGGCUAAAACCUCCGGAAAGAAGCCUGAAGUAUCCCAAAAUAAUGGGCCACUGAAGAUAAAAGUGACCAACAAGCGCAAAUCUCCAGAUUCGCAAGACAACGUGGCCAUGCCUGUGAAACGGGCUAAAACCUCAAGAAAGAAGCCUGAGGCAUUCCAGAAUGAUGAUCCUAAAGUUAAAGAGCUUCUCCGUCAAGUGACCACAAGUGGUAUUAUUCUUACCUGCGGUCAAGGAGACACAGGCCAACUUGGCUUGGGUGACGAUAUCCUAGAAAAAACACGGUUUGCUCAAGUACCAAACCUUCUGAACAUUGUUGCCAUAGCAGGGAGCGGCAUGCACAAUGUGUGCCUCACGGAUGAGGGAAAAGUAAUCACUUUCGGGUGUAACGAUGAGGGAGCCCUUGGUAGAGAUACAAACGAGGGCGGUGAAGCUACUCCUGGACUCGUGGAUUUACCUGGACGGGCGAUUCAGGUGACGGCAGGAGACUCGCACAGUGCCGCGUUAAUGGAGGACGGAAGAGUUUUCGUUUGGGGAUCCUUUCGUGAUUCACAUGGAACACUUGGACUAUUGACUAAAAAUAAAGAAAGUGCUCCAGUACAAAUUUUAUCCAAUAAAAAGUUCAUUAAAAUUGCUUCUGGAUCCGACCACUUGGUUUUACUGGAUAAUACCAGAAAAGUUUUUACCUGUGGUUGUGCUGAACAGGGCCAACUUGGACGGUUACCUGAACGAAAAACAGAUAGACACAGUGGUCGAGGUGGUAACAAAUUGCUGACACCUGAUCAAGUUUAUUUCAAAAUAAAUAAAAAAGUAGAAAUUGAAAACAUAUGGGCCGGUAGCUAUGCUACCUUUGCCAAGAACGCGAAUACGGAUGAUCUGUAUGUAUUUGGCCUAAAUAACUAUGGUCAAAUUGGUCUCAAAAAUUGCGACAAGUCCUUCCACCCUAAAGUGUCAGAUACGUUUAGUGGACGUAAAUGGGUUCAAAUAAGCUCGGGACAGCAUCACACUAUUGCUUUAGACGAUAAAGGGCAAGUGUACAUUUUGGGAAGGAAAGAGUAUGGAAGACUAGGUCUUGGCAUUAUGAGUGAAGAUGCCACAGAACUUGUACUCGUACCCAAACUAAGUAAUACCAAAUGCAUAGAUGUUGCAGCUGGUACUGCUCAGUCUUUUGCUGUAACAGAAAACGGAAAACUAUACGCCUGGGGAAUGGGCUCCGAAGGCCAGCUUGGUACUGGAGAAGAAGACGAUAUUUUAGAACCCAGAUUAAUUGAAUCCAAAUAUGUGAAAGAAGUUGAGGUUCUUCGAGUUUCUGGCGGAGGACAGCAUACUAUUAUUCUUGCAAAGAAAAGCAUCGAAUAAUUAUUUGUAUAUUUCAAAACUAGGAUCAAGACAUACAUUUUAGUUAGUUUUUUCUUUCAAUGAAUUCUAGAUUACUUAAAUACUUAUUUAUUACGGAAAUACGUAAUUGGUGGUAUCAAAACCAAAUGUCAAUUUCAACAUCUGAGUGUGUUGUUGCUUUGAUACACACUGGUGUGAUUAUUAUUUUUAAAAAAUUUAGUGACAUGGAAAUUUAUAGUGAAUAAUCAUAUUUAUCGUAACAAUAAUGUGAAGAGAUAAAGUUACUACUGAUUCGAGGCGUACGAUUCUUACAUAUUAUUUAUGGUCAUCUACGGACUUGUGUAUCAACUACUGCAUGCCCAAACCUUUGAAUAAGUUGUCUGCACGAUUAGUACGAUGAUAGUAUACAAAUGUAAUUAAUUGUAUAAAUGUAUAAAGAUUUUAAUGAACUUGUUACAAUAUUUUGAAUUGUAAGAUUUUUACAACAGUUAUCAUUUUGUUUGUUACUAGCAACAUCGUAUCUUAAGUGCAGGAGCUAGAUAUUAUCUGACUAUUUUGUCGGUAUCUUUUUUUGAUGUAUAUAUGCGAUUAUUUGUGCCCUUACAUAAAUGAAUGAAAAUUUGUACUUUGGUUAAAGUACGGUAUUAUAUUUUUAGCAUUUUGUGACUCUUUGAAGGAUGUUGAGACAUUAAUGUGAAACUGUGCCUUGCGAUGUGAAAAUAUCCAUCUCUUGUAAAAUAGUGUUUUUAAUAAAAAAUUUUUGUAUUUAGUACUAUGAA